AUGUUCUGCAUCGAGACCGUCGAUCCGGACGAGAGAGACAUCGUUGACGAGGCCGAGUACUACUGUGAACGUCGUGAGGAUAACGACCGGAAUUUGGUUAUCAACAAUUUUGCGAUGUACGCCAUCACGCUUGUCGAUGACCUCAAGGGCUUUAUAGCCGAGCGUGACCAGAUCAACCUGCCGCUAGACCACGACGCCCCGCCUGUCAUACCUCAGCAGCUGCGACUUCGCGCAAUCUUUGGUGGCCUUGCGACCAUCUUCCCGAACACGACGUCGGUCGAAAGUGAUUUCUCGAUCCUGGAGUGGGAGCUGGACGAGUUACAUACCGCCAUCAUGCACCUGUCGCUGGAAGAAAUCUUUUAG